GCAAUGGCAAGGCAGAUCUUUCGCGGCGGGUGUUCAGUCCUUUUCAUUGGCACUGUCUUGCAGUGCGUCGCCGCCGAAUCCGGUCAACCGACAGCUGAGGUUGAUUUUAGCACCAUCAUUCCGAAAGGGGGAUUGGAGGGAGAUGUUGAAGAAGUCUUUUCUCUUGGAUCUUCUGGCACGAUCCGGGUCACUGACGAAACAGCGAGUGCCGUUUAUCAACCCGAAACUAGCGAGAAUUCAUCUGGAACAUUGACUGACGCUUACAGCGCUGCAUAUCAAUAUAUGAAUGGAGGGUGCGAUUUCACAAAGACAAUCCAAUUCAAGGAUGUGUUUCCCGGCUACACAGCAAAAUUGUGGACACGGGAAGAGUCAGAAUCUGGUGAAAGAGGACGUGACUCCGCGGGAAAGGUUGUGAUGUACACGUUUAAAAAUCCUCCAGCAGAGUACUUGAGUGUAGGGUUGAGCUUUUGUAUGCGGUUCAAAACGGUGUCUGCCGCCGGAUCGGAUUCACAAACCACCGUAUCGACUCCUUCGAUUCCAAGCUCAUCCGAAUCAACAGACCACACGAAUUCUGGGGAGGCCGAUGGUGGGGAUGAUGGCAGGGAUGAUGCAGAAAGUAUUCCCUCUGAUGAGGAGCCGAAGCCUCCCACAGCGCUGGAAGGUCCUGGAAACCCUGUGACUAAACCGGAGAAUGGACUUGAUGAAAAUCAAGUGUCUCCACCAGGCCAGCACAGCCCUGUUCCACCUCAGGUCAACCCCAUCGUCCCUCAAGCACCUGAUUCGGGCACACAACCUCAGGAACAUCAGGAUAUAGUCUCACGUCCCGGAGGUGGUACACAAAACGAUAACGUACCUGUGCAUCCUUCCACUGCACCUACGGAGGACUCGGGAAAACAGCAGCCGCCUUCAAAUAAAGUCGAAGAAGAAGUCGCGAAUGACCUCAAAGAAGGUCGUGGUGCUUCCCUGAGGCGGCUGGAUGGGGCAGCUGCUGUGAGUGAGGCAUACCUGACUAUUGUGGUACACUCAGCAGCUUGGAAUUCUGCACGUGGAGUGGGUACGGUUUUGGGUCCUCUUCUCAUUAUGGCAGCCACGCUUUUACAGAUUUAUUAAGUGUGUUUUUAAUUGGGUCCGAUUUGGCACGUAUACACAGAAAGGCCAGUGUU